CAGUACCCUCCCCUUCCCCGCCCGAAUGGAGGGGCAUCAUGGGCAGCGCACCUUAAAAGCAGCAGAGUGAGCAACUCGGAGCUCGGGUGAGGGUACGUGAAGUCGAAGGAAGAGAGGGAGUGUGGAAGCCAGGGAGGACAAGUCCAGGAACCAAGGUCCAGCACAGUCAAAGUGUCCUGGACAGGAAAGCCCAUUUUAACGAUUUAGAGCCUCUUCUCACUUUCCAAGGAAAACAUGCAUCAGAAAAAGAAGUCUAAUGUCCUUCUCUGCUGUUCACUACUGUACACACUCUCUGUGAUCCGGUCCUCAGAGGGAAUCUCGGUCUCAACGCACCAUAACCUCCACAAGCGAGUGGGAUCAGACGUGACACUGUACUGUGGCUUCUGGUCGAGCGAGUAUGUGUCAGAUCUCACCACCCUCUCCUGGCGCUUCCGUCCGGAUAACUCCCGGGACAUCAUCUCGAUCUUUCAUUACGGAAACGGAGUCCCUUAUAUCGAGAAAUGGGGUCAGUUCCGCAACCGAGUUGAAUGGGUCGGGGAUAUCUCCAAACAGGACGGCUCCAUCGUGAUCCGCAAUCUCGAUUAUAUCGACAAUGGAACCUUCACCUGUGAUGUCAAAAACCCCCCAGAUGUCGUGGGCACUUCCUCUGAUGUUCAUCUCACUGUUUACGACAGGAUUCCCCCUGUUGGUGCUGGAGUCGUGUCAGGAGCAAUCAUUGGUACCUUCCUGGGCAUCAUUCUGCUGGUUGUCGGUGGUUUAUAUCUUUUCCGGUACAUCGUCAGAAGGCGGGCUAGGAGUGAGACCAUUUUCUUCAAAGGAGCCAGUGCCGCUGAACGAGGCAAGGCCAGUGGUAAAGCAGGGACCGUCAGCAAAGGUCCUGUGCUGUACGCCACCCUGGACCAGAGCAAGAGUGGGAAAGGAGGCAGCGACAAGAAAACUAAACUCUCCGAGUCCAAACGGGACAAGAAAUAGCGGUCAGCCUUACCGCGGGCACCCCGGGCAGCGAGUGGGGGCACUGCCGGUGCUCCGCGGGUCCUCAUGACCAUUGAGAUGACACUGACUGAUUCCGACACGGGCAGCGACACAGAGCCAAAGGACCUCCCAAGUGGCCAGCACAAUACCAAGUGGAAGAGGGGCUCCAGCGCCAAGUGACCCACUCUGUUCUGUCCUUCCUUCCCUCGCUCUGCUGCCGAAACUGCCCCUCCCCAACCCCGGCCACACACUGACACACCCCCCGCACUCCCCUCCCCUCUCUACCGACAAUGGCACCGAUAUUGGCCCAGUCUGGUCCCACAGAGGUGCCUGCCCACCGCCCCCCGCUUCCAUUGGUCAUGCUGCAGCCCUUUAAUUGCUGAGCACCUUCAGCCCAAAAGGCUACAGCUCUGCUUGCGCACCCCCCCCACUCCUCCUCAGUUAUCCUGCCCCCCCACUUCCCCUCUGAUUAUCACAACCACCCCCCCCCCCCCUCCGCCAUCACUCACUGCUCCAAGGCCAUUUUCCAGCCUGAAACGUGACUGUGUUCUCCAUCGAUCAGUGUGGAAAGUGAUGGGGGGGGGUUAGAUGGCGAUGAGGGGGUGGGGGGAGCCGGUGGAUCUGGGAUCACGCCAGGAUGGCAGGUGGCGUGAUCCCAGGCGGAGGUGGGUGAAGGUCACGGGGAGGAAAACAGUGAGUUGGGGGGAGGGGGAAGAAAAUCAAUAGCCCAUCUCCACCAACCCCCCCACCAUCCCCAUGACCAACUACCCCCUCCCCCCGUCAACUCCCCGAGUCCUUUUCCACUCCACCUGGCCCCGGGGCGUUGGGGAGGAAGAAGAGGAGUUGCAGGGGGGUAGGGAUGGGUGGGGGUGUGUGGGAGGAAUCCGCCCUGGUCUUCCUCUUCAGCCGCACUGCACUGGUGAGUGGGUAAGGAGGGAGGAGUGGAAAGCGGGGGGGGGGGGUGGGCUCCAGGCCUGGGCAAAUUGGAGCAGGGCUGGGGCUGGCGCACAAACCAGCCCAAGACCCUCCUACGAAAUCCGAGCCCCUGACGGCUCAGUCGCUGUGUGUUGGCCAGAACCCAUGCCCUGUCAGGUCAUUAAGAGGGGGCCUCCAGAACUCACCGUCACUUCACCCAUCAGCCCACCCUCCCCACCACCACCUCCCCCGUCGCUCCCAGUGAUGGCCAGUACCGGCGCACUCCACAGGUCCCGUCGCGAGGUCAAAUCGGGAAUUAACCCACGCGUGGACAUUAUCCACUAUUAAUGGAAUAUUAACAUCAAAACAAAGCAGCACAAAGGAGUCUAAUUCUGUACCGUGUUGAAGCUUCGCACUAGCUACGAGUCUUAAAUAAAACGAGAGAACCUGUCUUUGUGAUGUAACACGAAUUUAAAAACACUUUUCUCACGAUUAAACAUUAAAGAUCUGUAAUGGGUGCUGA